GAAAACUGUACUUGACCCGUUUGUUCGUAUACACUCUGCUUUACGGUACGCAAAAUGUAGCGGAAAAUAAGCAGUUCGUAGAUUAUACUGUAAUGCAGCAUGAACAUAACAAUUUCCCGCAUCUAUGAUCAGUAAAGCCUUAUGAAUCCAACGCGAUAAACAUUGUCAAAUGAAAUAAAAAAUUGAAUUCUAUUUAUCAAAUCAAUAUCAUGCUAUGAACACGCUUCACAGACUUACAAUUCCUAUACAUAUUAUGUAGUGAGUGAUCGAUAAGUGCGUACGGCACCUAAUUGUUUUAUGGAAAAAUUUCAAAAUAAUGUUUUGAUGUGAAAUAUUGACCUUCGACCUAACUCGUGUGUAAAUACUAAGAACACUAACACAGCGCUGAAUUUAAUGCUAGUGGUUUUUAGACGAAGAAACCUUCUUGGAAUAUAAAAUAUUUGUAUGUGACGCGUCCCAGUGACGAACCGUUGCGUCUUCAGUCUUAAUUACCUAUAAUUGGUGUGUUUGUGGAUACAUCACAUCACGGCGGUGUUUCAUCCAUACAGCACGCUCCUAACAUCCAGAAUAUCGGAAGAUAACGUUCCUUCCGUUCUAGAACAUGUAUAAAAGUAUCAGCAAUUCGAAGUUUUCUGCGUGACCGACGUGUUGCAGGACGUAGUGAGGAUGGCAUCAAAACGAUUUUGUAAAAGCUUAAAUUUUGGACUGCAUUUUAGUUAUAAGGAUACGUUAUUGACUUUGGUACUGUGUUGGAGUUUGUGUUCGCCUCUUGCAUCAGCAUCGCCUAGCUUGCCGAAGACAGUAACACUAAGAACAAAUGAAUCAUAUUCUGUGAAGAAUGAGAGUCAAAUAAAUGAAUUAUUUCACUGGGAAGAUUACAGCGUAUUGGCUGCUAUGCUCAUAGUGUCUUGUGGCAUUGGUGUGUUUUAUGGAUACUUCGCUGAGCAGCAAACCACAGGAGAUGACUUCUUAUUGGGCGGGUCGUCCAUGGGGACAUUGCCGAUGGCUUUAAGCCUAGCUGCAAGUUUCAUCACGGCGAUCGAGCUGUUGGGCAACCCAGCAGAGAUGUACAUGGCAGGGGCACAGUUCUGGAUGAUCUGCGUCGCGUUCAUGCUCGUUGUACCGAUAACCAGCCAGCUGUAUUUACCUGUCUUUAUGAGGCUGCGACUAACUUCUUGCUACGAGUAUUUGGAAGUGCGUUUCUGCAAAUCUAUCCGCGUGUACGCAAGCGCUCUCUACAUGCUACAGAUGAUAUUGUAUACGGCCGUAGCGGUGUAUGCGCCGGCGCUCGCCUUAUCCGAUGUUACGGGCCUAAAUACUUAUCUAGCAGUCUCGCUGGUGUACGUGGUGUGCAUUUUCUACGCUUCGCAGGGAGGCAUGAAAGCAGUGAUAAUGACAGACACGUUCCAGUCGGCGGUGCUGAUUGGAUCGCUGGCCGGUGUGCUGGCCAUGGCAUCAACGCAAGUUGGGGGCCUGCAACACGUCCGGGACCACGCACGACAAACCAACAGAUUACAUUUCUUCGAUAUGAACCCUGACCCUACGGUGAGGCACUCGUUCUGGUCGGUUGUCGUUGGCGGCACCUUGUACUGGACCAGCAUGUUCUGCGCCAACCAAGCUUCAGUUCAAAAGUACUUAUCAGUGGAACGCAUAUCCCAAGCGCGCGUAGCGCUAUGGGUGUCCGCCAUCGGCCUCACUGCCAUCUACUCCGUCAAUUUCAUCACUGGCGCCGUUCUAGCCACGCAUUAUGCUGAUUGUGAUCCAAUUCAGGCUGGAAUAAUUAACGCGUCGGACCGACUGCUUCCACUGUACGUGGUUCAGCAACUAGGCUCGGCGCGUGGGAUGCCCGGGUUCUUCGUUGCUGGCAUCUUUGCGGCUAGUCUUGGGACUGUAGCAUCAGCACUGAAUUCCUUAGCCGCCAUUGCGUGCCAAGAUUUGGCAACAGGACUUCUUGGCAUAAGAUUACCUGAAAAUAAGGGAGCAACAAUAGCACGAUGGGUGUGCCUGGCAUUCGGUGCGUUGUCAUUCGCGCUGGUCUUCUUGGUGGAACGACUAGGGCCUGUUCUACAGCUCGCAUUGUCGUUCAACGGCAUGGCGGGUGGAGUGUCUCUUGGACUCUUCAGUUUGGGCAUGCUGUUCCCGUGGGCUAACGCUAAGGGGGCAGUUGCUGGUGGAGUCUUCGGACUUCUGCUGGUGGUAGCAGCAGGCGGAGGAGCCCAAAUGGCUCAAAUCGCUAUGCCGCAGCUGGCGACCUCGGUCAAGGGCUGCCCAGCUUCUUUCAACUUGACUUCGCAAAUGAUAAUCACUACCACAGAAAACCACGACGGAGCUGUGUUCUGGUUAUUCAGAGUGUCGUAUCUCUGGUACUCUGGGAUAGGAUGCGUUGCGACUCUUCUGGCCGGGCUGAUCGUGUCCGUAGCAACGGGUGUCACAGAUCCCUCACAAGUUCCCAUAGAUCUAAUCUCUCCACCCGUUGUCACUUUACUCAACUCACUACCUAAUAAAAUUAAGAAAAUGCUGAAGGUUCCCAUGCGAUUUGGUUCUGAACGGCGACGCAGUUCAAGCAUACGACCUCCUGGCGUAUUUGAUGACAAAGACACGAGACGACGACGACGACUCUCCGAGAUGGCAGGUGGCGUGUUCUACAGUGAUACGGGAAUCACUUGCGGCCAUGAGAACCUAGCGCUAGGCCUCGAAUCAGAGAAACCUCAGCCAGAAGAACGCAACUUACAUACAAGGUUUUAAUACGUGUACUACCGCAGUAUACAAAGACUGAUAUUACGUGAACUGCCACAUUGCACUUGGUUCGACUAUGAAAUUGCUAUCAGCUUUACAGGCCCAGGAACUAAUAUGCGGAACGACACGCAUUAACGAUUAGCGCAUGAAGAGGCAAUAAUUCCGUUACAAAAAGCUGCAACGCUGCCGCUGACUGCAAAUACACAAUCGUUAAGUACUCUGUGGUACAGUCUAUGUAAAUGCAAAUUGAAAAAUCAGCAUCUAAUCAGUCAAAGCAACUACAACCAAAGACAUCCCAACGAUAAAUAAAAAUUUAAUAAGAUGUAGAAUUAGAUCUAGUGGCUUUUAUGUAAAAUAAUUGUAGAUCAUAAGAGUAUAUGUUAGUUACCGAAAAUGUACAUACGAUAUUGAACCUCGUACUUAUAUUUUCAAACUGCACUAAUUAAAGUUUUAUAACCAUGACUUCCGAUGCAUGACUUAGUGAGUUUAAUAAUAAAUUGUAAUC